UAGAAAAAAAACAACAAAUAGACUUGGUACUUUGGAGAAGAAAGAAAAGGUCUUGUGUUUGUGCAACCUAAAUUUGAAAAUUCUCUACAGAAAGUGUUUAAAUUAGUGUGAAGCGACUCUCAUUCCGUUCGCUGCAACAUGGAGGCUGUGCCGCGGAUGCCGAUGGUUAGUUUCGAGCUGAAAACCAGCCCGGAACAGACCAACUUCUCCGCCCUGAAGCAGUACAUCGCGGAAUAUUAUCAGGAAGAUCCGGCAUCGUAUUCCAAGGAAUGCUACCAGCUCGAACAGCUCCGUGGCAAUGCCGUACGGCCAACGCGAGACGUGGAAGGCACGGCCACCAUCCGCCGCUACUACUGCCAGCUACACUCGAUCCAGAAUCGCUUCCUACUUGGCACGGUUAGCGAAGGCCAGCAAAUGUUAACGUUCCACUGGAAAGACCUUUACUCCGGGUGUGUACUUACAAAGUGGAACAUAAAGUACGAGAUGGCGGUCGUGCUUCACAACUUUGCGGCGCUUCACACGCAACUCGGUGCCGCCGAAAGUCGGUCCGAUCCGGAAAGUAUGAAGAAAGCUUGCACCCACUUCCAGUGUGCCGCUUGGGCGUACGGUUACGUGAAGGAUAAUUAUGCACUGCUCCUGCAAGGUGAUCUGUCCACUGAGUUGCUUAUCUUUAUGCAGGCACUUUGUCUCGCUCAGGCACAGGAAUGCAUUAUGGAGAAGAGUUUGUGUGAUAAUCGAAAGUCGGGCAUAAUUGCCAAAGUAACGGCACAGAUCGUGAGCUACUACAAUUCAGCGCUUGCUGCGUUGCUCACCCAGAACGGCGAUGACGGGCGCAUACAGGAUAUAGUUGGGAGCAAGCAGUUCAAGGAGUGGCGCCGUUAUGUGCGAUUCAAGAUAUCGUAUCUGUCCUGCAUACUGCUGCUCUACCAGGGACAACAGUCAGAGGAACAGCAGAAGAUGGGUGAACGGGUCGCACUGUAUCAGGCAUCGUUCGAUAAGCUUGAAGAGGCACGCAAAGAGUCAAAAGGUUUGGCACAGAUCGAGCAGGUGAACGAUGCACUGCAAUUCACGAUGGAUGUGGUGGAGGCGAAGCGUAAAUCUGCUAAAAAUGAAAAUGAAUUCAUUUAUCACGAGGAAGUGCCCGAUUUGAGUGCUAUUUCAGCGGUACAGGGUGCGAAUUUAGUAAACGGCAUCGCCUUCAACGUGAUCGAUCCGGAAGCGAUGGGAGAGGACAUAUUCCACCGGUUGGUGCCAAUGAAAGCACACGAAAGUAGUUCCAUGUACAGUGAGGAAAAGGCGAACCUGCUGCGGACGAUCGGCUCGAAGCUGGACGAUAAGGAGGCGGAACUGCAAACAUUCAUCGAUUCGCUUAACUUGGAUGCUAUUGAGGCACCGACAAAAGCGGCAGAUGAUAAGCGUCUCCCACAAGGGUUGGUUGAUCGAUGCGCGGAACUGCAAGCCAAACCGAAUGCUAUCACCGAUCUGGUACAGUCGAUGUCAACGCUCGCCGAUACCUGCUCGGAUGUGGAGCUAACCCUCAAAGAGAUAAAGAACCUGCUCCGACAGGAUGAAAUCCGCGAGGAACAGUAUCAGGCGAAAAUUGGCCAACGGUCGAACGGUGGUGCUCAUAUGGUAGAACUCGGUCGAGAGUUGGCAAAAUAUCAGGAAGCUCACAACAAGGCCGGAGAAAGCAAUGAUACGCUCCGGAAAGCAAUGGGCCUGCACGUGCACAACCUGAAGAUUCUUUCCCAACCGCUGCCGGACAUCAAGGCACAGAUACCGGUCUGUGCGGAUAAGAUCGACGAUGGUGUAUUCCAAGAGCUGAACACGAUCGUACAGAAGGUGAAGGAAAUGAAGGUGCAGCGGAUCAAACUGUACCAGGAUCUGCGGCAUAACAUCACCGAGGACGACAUUACGUCGCAGCUGAUCGCGCUCGAGGGAAGUGGUUCGGAACAGAAGCAAAAAAUGGAGGAACUGUUCCGGAAGGAGCUAUCCAAGCACGAUCAGCUGGUGGGAUUGCUCGAGCAGAAUAUGAAAGCGCAGGGCAACAUCCUGAAGGCACUUACCGAAGUGUAUGCAAAGUGUGCACCGACGUUGAAAAGUCUUUCCGACGUGAAAACGAAGCGGGAUCAGUUCUUUUCCUCCCUAUCGGCAUCGUUCGAUGUGUACGAGGAUUUGCUGUCCAAGAGCGCAAAGGGGUUAGAAUUUUACCGCAAGCUGCAGAGCAAUGUGCAGAAGCUCUACUCCCGGGUGAAGGCGGCCUGUGAUGUACAGGAAGAGGAGCGCAAUCAGAAGCUAAAGUCGAGCAAUGUGCUCAAGCGGUCCUCGAUCGAUAAUACUGCUGCAGUGGGAGCGAUCGCUGGUGUUGGUGCGGGAACUACAGGAACCGCUAGCAGUGGUGGAAGUGGAGGACCAAAGCUUAAAGACUAUCUCAAAGCGGGCACUAUCACGCUAGGGUCUAUUAAAGCCGCCGGGGUGGAUAAGAACCCGAUGAAUCAUUUGCCGUCGGUAAGACCUGCUCCAGUUGGUUCGGAAAGUACGGCGCCGAUUGUAGGUGCUGGUGGAGGAAUGUCGGUUGGUGGUUCGGGGGGUUACUAUCAGGACUCGUACGCCAAUUAUCAUCAGCAGUAUCAACAUCACCAGCAACAACAACAACAACAGCAGCAGCAGCAGCAGCAGCAGCAGCAACAGCAACAACAACAGCAAAUGCAAUAUGGCGGAGGAUCCAAUAUGACUGCAGUAGGAACAGGCUAUGAUUACAACCAGUACGCUACACCACAUCAACAACAGCAGCAGCAACCACAGCCUACUGUUAAUACUGCUCCUGCCGUUGCUACAGGAUACGUCAAUCCCAUGUACCAAAAUGCGGGUCCCACAAAUUAUUAUUACAAUCAAAGCCAAACGCCGGCACCGAAUUCGACUGGAUACGAUUACGGCCAGUACGGUCAGACGCAGGUUCCACAGCAACAGCCAUCUCCAGCUCCUUCGACGUCAUCUUCUUCGACUGAUGUUAGUCAGCAGCAACCGUCGUGGACCCAGUUAAACCAACAGUUUUCCACCAUGAAUCUCCAACAGCCGGCCGCUGAUGGGAACUAUGGGACCCAAGUCGCUGGAUCCAGCAGUAAUGCCUCUUAUGGUUCUGGUUAUCAAAAUUCUGCAGCAGCUAAUCAACAACAGCAAUAUGCCGCUGUGUCUCAAAACCAUGCCUAUCCGUCACCAUACCCGACCUCUUCUAGCGAAUCGAUGUCCUCGGUUUCUUCGAGCCAAGAUUUAUCGGCGUAUGCGAACUACGGCCAAACAUCGACCUCCCAGCAGCAGUAUCAACAGCCCGGGUCUCAGACGCAGCAACCGUACUCAUCUCCCACCCCGUACUACCAACAAGCGCCUUAUCAGACGGAACAGACUGCAUCUUACGGAUCGCAUCCGGGAUAUUCCUACAAUCCGCAAACUGGAGCGUACGACUACACCAGCGGCUUCCAGUACGAUUCAUCCAACGCCACCGUCGCGUCCUACCAGAACCAGUACGUCGCGAAUCCACAGCUAGGAGCAGGUAACGCAACCUACACCGCUUCCGGUCAAACGGCACCGGCAUCGGUUGAUUCGUCUGCCUCCCAAACGUAUCAGGUCUCCACCGGAUCAACAGCAGCACCAUCCUACCCACAAGGACAACCGGCAAAUGCGUCCUACUACGCGCCCAAUGCAAAUGUUGCCCAAACCGGUUACUAUCACCAGACGUCCACCUACUCCACCAUACAAUCGAACCAGUAUGCGGCUGAGGCAACUGCCACGCAGCAGAACACACACCCACCCGCCAGCAAUUCAAACGACGCAGCCAGUGUUGCCCACUAUUCCCACCACACGAACUCGUACGUAGAUAGUACCGGCUCGCAAAGUGCCACAACGACUGCUUCGGCAACCACCACCUCCUCACCCCAACAACAGUCCGUCGUAACGCCGCAAACAGCCACACAGUCCAAAAACAUCGAUCUGCUCUCCGGGAUCGAUUUUUCGCCCGCUAUCGUACCACCGAUUUCUGUCCCAAUUCUACAGCCACAGCCAUCGAACGUUGGAUCGAUCGCUGGCAGCACUGUCGACGGGAGUGAAGUGGCGAGCGUUAUACUAACACCCACGAAAGCAACUGUUGAUCCACCGACGGAAAAAGCAACUAUUCCGGAACCCCCGGCGACAGCGCAGAAUGUUACCGCGACACCGACAGCAUUUGGGGAUCGAAAGCCAAGCCUGGACAAUCUGUCCCUGUGCUCCGAUCUGAGCUCCAGCUUUGACUGGGAAAGUGCAUCGGUUUGCGGUGCUACGGCUUCGGUUUCCGGUGCGGCUGCUAAUCCGGCGGACAAUGUGUUUUUGCGACCGGCCAAACCGGACCCGUUCGAGGAUGCGGCUACGUUGAAGUGGUUCCACAAGGAGGUGGAGCGGUUGGAGAAAUUCGUUGACACGAGCGGAGUGAAGACGCUCAAUGGGACGACACCGUUGGAUAGCAAAUGGAAGGAGUUGCAGGAUUUGUUGGUAAAGGAGGAAUCGAAACGCCAAGUAAGCGUAGCACGACUGUUCCCGGAAAAGAAUCGCUCCAUCGACUGUGUCCCUUACGAUCAUGCCCGGGUCCAACUAUCAACCGACACGGACAAUUACAUCAACGCUGUGUACGUUAAGUUCCAAAGGGAUACAAAAUUGGAUCUCGGAUUCGGAUGCCCUCACUUCGUACUGGCCCAGACGCCCCUCCCAAACACGGUGAACGAUUUUUGGAACAUGAUCUGGUCCCAGAAAUCGAACGUGAUCGUUUGUUUGCAUACAGGCAAUGAGCUUCUCGAUCCCUUCUGGCCCACGGAACUUGGGCAGGAGCUCAGCUACGGCGAUGUUUCGGUGAAUCUGAUGAAGCAAUUCGAUCUAACCCACUGCAUCGAACGUACACUACGCAUCAGCAUGCUUGGUUCGGACUAUUCGCUUACCGUGGCACUGCUGCAACCGAAACUGUGGUCCAAAAGCUGCCCGGAACAGAUCUUGGGCGUGGCGCAAAACCUAAUCGACUCGUACCGGCAGUACAAUCAGGAGCAGAAGCUACCCCCCCAGCUGCGUCCGCUCGUACUAAACUGUCUAAAUGGGACCGAUCGGUCGAGCUUGGUAACGGUCGCGAUCGUUACCAUACUGGCGACGCAAACCCGGAAGCCGCUUCUGAUAAACGUGAUCGACAUCUGGUACCGGAUCUGUUGCCAGCGGAAGGGUGCACUGCGCGAUCCGAAUCUGAUACAGCUUUCGUAUCAGAUUGUGCUAAACCACGGGCACGGCAUACUGAACAAGCGUGGCAUACUAACAUCGUACCAGAUGAAAUCGGCCCAAGUGGCCAGCAGCACGGUGAAGGAGGAAGCCAACAAUGAUCCGUUUAAAGAUCUUGAUCCACUGUGGAAGCUAAAGUAGCGCUGCAGCGACAACAGAUUAUUAUUGCUGGCUGGACCGAUAUUAAUGCUAAACGCUCCGUUACUCGUUCCGCUCGCCAAAUGUUUGAGCAUUUUCCCGAGCGGCGGUGGGAUGGACCCGUUUGGUGCCAUCCUCGGUCAGCUCGAUAUUUAAUCAUGAACAGCAUUAUUAUUCCAUUCUUUUAUUCAACUCAACAACUCACACACACACACUCUAUAUUUCGACUAUUCCAAAUCGUUGACCGUGUAUGGUGCAUAUAUAUUAUAUUUAUUUAUAUUACUAGUAAAAAAAAGCAGAAGAAUAUGUUAUAAAACCCGUCGUGGUUGGUACAUUGUAUUACAGAAACAAAAAGCAAUCGAACACAUUUUCAUUUUCUCCUCACAAAAAAAAGUGAGAACGAGAAAGCAAUGUUGUGAGAAACGAGCCUAGUUUCCUUUUGCAAUAAAAGUAUAUUAUUAUUUCUUAUCGAACAAAA